AUGGGCAAAUCAAUCCUCCUCAUCAACGGUCCAAACCUCAACCUCCUCGGCACCCGUGAACCCCACAUCUACGGACACACCACCCUCGCCGACGUCGAGAACGACAGCCGCACCCUGGCAACCCAACACGGCUGCACCUUCGACGCCUUCCAAUCCAACCACGAAGGCGCCAUCGUCGACCGCAUCCAAGCCGCCCGCGGCCACGUCGACGGCAUCAUCAUCAACCCGGGCGCCUACACGCAUACCUCCGUUGCGAUUCGCGAUGCCCUGCUCGGCGUGGGCAUCCCGUUUAUCGAGCUACAUGUGAGCAAUGUGCAUGCGCGCGAGCCGUGGCGCCAUCACUCGUAUUUUAGUGAUAAGGCGGCCGGGAUUAUUGUGGGCCUGGGGGUUUAUGGGUAUAAGGUUGCCGUGGAGCACGUUGCGGUGAAUUUUAAGGAGUUGGAGAAGGGGGAAAGUAAGGCUGCUUUGUAG